AUGUCUCCUAAAAACAGCAGACUGGAUGCGCUCGUGUCGAGGCGACAACGACGAAACGGGCGUCACGAUGAUCAACAUGGCCACAAGUCGAUGAUUGCCACUCUUGGUGUCCUUUUGAUGUUUUCUGGUAUGUAUGCCAUUCCCAACAGAAACAAUCAUGUCAAUGAUGCAUUGACAUGGCUCUCGACGACUUCUCCGCCGCAAGUGGAAUCAUCAACACCUCCCCUGCAGACACAACAACAACAACAACAACAAGACGCAAUUCCGGAAAAGCCAGAGACGUCAACAACUCCCAAAGGAAUCUCAUUUGAUCCAUCACCCAAGAGUCUUCAUCCCAAGUGGAAACUCUGGCAUGAAAUGAACAAGGAGCAACAAGAACAAGCCAUCAAGGACAUUGAACCAUAUGUCAGAAAGUACGGCAAGAAGAUGGGCAGGGCUCCAUUCUCCCUGCAUAUCCCACGAGAUCAAGUCUGUGAGCUUUUUGUUCCUGGAUCAGACCAUCGUCUCUGUGGCCCAGCACCACCCAAGCCUUGCACAUUCAUGUCCUUUGGAAUCAACAAUGAUCCCAGCUAUGACAUCAAGUUAGCCAAUACCUGGGGUUGCAGGGGCUUUGCGGCUGAUCCAACUAUUGUACAUCCCUCCAAACUGCACCCCUUGGUGACCUUUCAUAACUUUGGCCUCACAACCCUAAGACCCAAUGAAGAAAAGAUGGUGCGACCUGAAGAGGAGUGGUGGUACACAUCCAUGCCAGCAUUGAGAAAGUUCCUCAAACUGGAUUACAUUGAUAUUAUGAAAAUUGAUUGUGAGGGAUGUGAAGUGGCCUUAGCUAGGGACAUUUUGGCAGAAGACCCAACCUUCUUUGAACACAUUGGUCAGUUGACCAUUGAAACCCAUGUCACCAAGGCCUGGAUUGAAACUUAUGAGGAACUGUACUACUUUGGCUUGCAGUUCCCACUUUUGGAAGAAGCUGGCUUUGUCAUGGUGACCUCCAUGGUUUUCGGAUGCAACAUUAAGCACGAAAGGUUUUAUUGCAUGGAUGAGCUUCGUGAUUGGGGCUUUGCUUGUGGCCUUGGCCCAGCCAAGAAGGUUGCCAAGAGCUGCCAUGACUUUUUGUGGGUCAAGAAGGAAAAGGCUUAUCGCAAUGAGGAAACGAGACAGGAACCAACCUGUUAG